AACUGCUUCUUUCGUUUCGUUUUUUAAUCCCCCCCGUCCGUACUUAACUCGAACCAGUUUCCCAUCACAAAAUCGAAUACAUUUUGCCAACAUGGCUUCUGAAUCGAACGACGAAAUUGUGAUUAGAAAUCGUGGUUCACGACCGGCUAGGAACGAAGAAACGGCACAAAACACAGAGAAUAAUGUAAACGAGACGCAGGAUAAUGCCGUAGAACAAGCACCACAGCAACCGCAGCCUCAGGAAUCUGUAUGGAAAACAAUUUUGACUCGUAUGUUUGUGUUCUGGUUGAUAACACAGUUCUUUAAAAGCAGGCAAAGUAGUACGAAUCAGCCGAGCGCAAAUGCAUCAUCACUCAACAUUUUCCCAGUUGGAACUUCCGUGGAUUUAUGGGUUUAUCUUUCAUCAGAGCAGGAGAUAUUCGAUGACAAGACUAAAGCAGAUGACAAAAAAUUAAUUUGGUUUUUAAAAGAACUCUCCGUUGGAAAUUGGACAUCAGGACCCAAUAAAGAUGGUUCACAUACAACCCACUAUCAAGUCAAGACGACAACGGAAGUGCAAAAUAAUGGCUCCUUAUAUCUUCAUGCCUUCAUAACAAAAUCUGGAAGUUCACCAAACCCUCACCAAGCUGGUUACAAAAGGCAAGAUGUCAUUGGGAAGACAAGACUAAUGACAGUCUACCGUAAAAGAAGAAUUCACAAGACUAAAAAUCUACUCACUGGUGAGGCAGAAAUUCAGUCAGAUGCUAAAGCAGGUGAUAAACACACUCCAAUUGAAUUAAUAUCAUAUUGGCAUCCAAACCUCACAAUAAACCUUCUUGAUGAUCAAACACAGUGGACUAAAGGAAGUGUUCCCGCACCUCUUGAUGAAGUGAUUGAGUUUGAUAACGAAACUGGUGGAUACUAUCCUGUCCUGUAUAUGAAUGACUAUUGGAAUUACUUCAGUGAUUAUAUGCCAGUCAAUGAGACUACAAAAGUUCUAGAUCUCUACCUGACAUAUGCUCCGCUCUCCUUAUUCAAAUGGCAAAUGUACGAGUCGCAACGGAUGAGAAAGAAAUGGUUUGCGGCUCUUGGGGAUGAAUUUGAAGAUUCUGAGGAGGAUCAGGACUCAAUGAAGAAAACAAUGGCAGAGACAAGUCCGUAUCUUCUUGGUUUGACAAUUAUCGUGUCGCUUGUCCAUAGCGUGUUCGAGUUUUUGGCUUUUAAAAACGAUAUACAGUUUUGGCGUUCUCGCAAAUCACUUGAGGGACUGUCUGUUCGUUCCGUUUUCUUCAAUGUAUUUCAGUCCGUGAUAGUCUUGCUGUAUGUCUGGGACAAUGAAGCUAAUACCAUAGUUAUUAUCAGCUGUUUUGUUGGUCUUAUUAUAGAGAUUUGGAAGAUCCAUAAAGUUGUUGAUGUUACUUACGACAGAGAAAACUUGAUUCUUGGGUUCAUUCCUCGCAUAAAAUUCGCAGAUAAGCAAUCUUAUACAGAAUCAUCCACAAGGCAGUAUGAUACGCUGGCUUUCAAAUAUCUAUCAUGGCUUCUUUUCCCGCUGCUAUUUGCCUAUUCCGUUUAUUCGUUGUUUUAUCAAGAGCACAAAGGAUGGUAUUCUUGGGUACUAAAUAUGCUCUAUGGUUUCCUAUUAACGUUUGGUUUUAUUAUGAUGACUCCACAGCUAUUCAUAAAUUACAAGAUGAAAUCUGUUGCUCACUUGCCUUGGAGGAUGUUGACUUAUAAAGCAUUGAAUACAUUCAUUGACGAUUUGUUUGCAUUCAUUAUAAAAAUGCCGACAUUGUAUCGACUAGGUUGCUUGAGAGACGACGUAAUCUUCUUCAUAUAUUUAUAUCAAAAAUGGAUCUAUCCCAUCGACUAUAAACGCGUCAAUGAAUUUGGAGUUAGUGGCGAAGACUUGCAACAAGCGGACAGUAACGGAGUUCUAGCGAAGACUGACGAAGCUCAGCCGGACGGGAUUGAGAAUGAGAAUUCUAGAAACGGAGAGGUUCAAGGACUCGCCCAUGAAAAAAGUGAAUAACGGGAUCAAAUAGAUUUGGGAAGAAACCUGCAUACUGGGUUCAGGGAGUUUUAUAUUUCCUAUAUUUGGAAAUUUCAUAAAAUAUGAAAGCAAUGCAUUUAAAAAUAAUCUAAUUAUUCUUGAACAUAUCGUUUGGAUAAAAAUUUCGCAUUGUGAAAGUGUCAUUUUAAUUUUUUUGGAAAAUACAUAAU